AUGCCCCUAUCUCUGCUGCUGCAAGCACUGACGGGGCGAGGCCAGCCCUGCCUGGCCCAAGGAAAAACAGUGACACCCCAGCAACCUCACCAGCAUUCAAGACCGACGAGUAAACAGCUCUACGAGGAGCUCGGCAAGGGAGCUUUUUCAGUAGUCCGUCGCUGUGUGAAGAAAUCCUCAUCCCAAGAGUAUGCUGCAAAGAUCAUCAAUACCAAGAAGCUGUCAGCCAGAGAUCACCAGAAACUGGAACGUGAAGCUCGAAUCUGCCGAUUAUUAAAACAUCCAAAUAUUGUGCGGCUCCAUGAGAGUAUUUCAGAAGAAGGUUUCCACUACCUCGUCUUCGAUCUGGUCACCGGUGGGGAACUCUUUGAAGAUAUUGUUGCCAGGGAAUACUACAGUGAAGCUGAUGCCAGCCACUGCAUUCACCAGAUUUUGGAGAGCGUCAAUCAUAUUCAUCAACAUGAUAUUGUACACAGGGACUUAAAGCCUGAGAAUUUGCUACUUGCAAGUAAGUGUAAAGGUGCUGCUGUCAAAUUGGCCGACUUUGGACUUGCAAUUGAAGUGCAGGGAGAACAGCAAGCAUGGUUUGGGUUUGCUGGUACUCCAGGCUACCUGUCCCCCGAAGUCUUAAGAAAAGAUCCUUAUGGAAAGCCAGUGGAUAUAUGGGCAUGUGGAGUUAUUCUGUACAUAUUACUAGUGGGUUAUCCUCCAUUUUGGGAUGAAGACCAGCACAAACUAUAUCAGCAGAUCAAAGCAGGAGCCUAUGAUUUUCCUUCUCCAGAGUGGGAUACCGUGACUCCUGAAGCAAAGAACUUAAUCAACCAGAUGCUGACGAUAAACCCUGCAAAACGUAUCACGGCCGAUCAAGCUCUUAAACACCCAUGGGUCUGUCAACGAUCCACUGUGGCCUCUAUGAUGCACAGGCAGGAGACUGUGGAAUGCUUGAGAAAGUUCAAUGCCAGGAGGAAGCUGAAGGGUGCCAUCCUCACAACUAUGCUUGUGUCUCGGAAUUUUUCAGUUGGCAGGCAGAGCUCCGCCCCUGCUUCGGCCGCCAUGAGUGCUGCCGGCCUGGCUGAGCAAGCUGCCAAAAGCUUAUUGAAUAAGAAGUCUGAUGGAGUGAAGAAAAGGAAGUCAAGCUCCAGCGUGCAUUUGAUGCCACAGACCAACAACAAAGCCAGUAUAGUAAGCCCAGCAAAAGAAACACCCCCAGUGCAGAUGUCCAUGGAACCACAAACUACUGUUGUCCACAAUGCUAAUGAUGGCAUAAAGGGUUCCACUGAAAGCUGUAAUACCACCACUGAAGAUGAGGACCUGAAGGCGCCCCCUCUCUCCAUCGGGGAUGGCAGUUCAGUGCUCGAAGGACGGAGUCACUGUGAGAGCAAAACCCAGACUGAGUCCAUGCAGUCCCAGCUUUCUCUCUGUUAUUCAGCCACUACUACUACACAAUCUUGUGAAGAGAAACUUCUUGCCUGGGACAGCCCAGGGCAAACAGUGGAGUUGGAUCGUGCUCAGUCGGAGCCUGUCCUAACUCCAGUAGUUCCAUUUGCACUUAACAGUCCGCCAUUGCGUAAGCAAGAGAUAAUCAAGAUAACAGAGCAGCUGAUUGAAGCAAUCAACAAUGGAGAUUUUGAAGCUUACACGAAGAUCUGUGAUCCUGGGCUCACCUCAUUUGAACCUGAAGCACUGGGAAAUCUCGUAGAAGGGAUGGACUUCCACAAGUUUUACUUUGAGAACUUACUGUCCAAGAACAGCAAGCCAAUCCAUACCACCAUCCUGAACCCGCAUGUUCAUGUUAUUGGUGAUGAUGCAGCCUGCAUUGCCUACAUCCGCUUAACACAGUAUAUUGAUGGCCAAGGCCGGCCUCGCACCAUGCAAUCUGAAGAGACCCGUGUCUGGCACCGCCGUGAUGGCAAGUGGCUGAAUGUCCACUACCACUGUUCUGGGGCCCCAGCAGCUCCUCUCCAGUGAAGCUGAAACAUGGCAGCUUUCGGAGAUACUCAGCAGGAGGGCAAUAUGUUCUCAGCAAGCAGCUCUGGAGUGCCUGAAUUACAGCAACGGUCAUGUUCGUUUUGACGUUUAAAAAAAUAUGAAUUACAAACCGGCAGCAGCCAAAUGCACGAAACCCUGCAUGAAUCUGAUGCUCCGGGCGCUGCCAUCUUUCUGUUGUUUUUCCAUGGAUCCAUCGUGUCUGUUUCUGCUGUACGAAGGUGUCUUAUAAAUCUCGAGAGAAACCCAUAUUGUUUGUAUAGAAAAGAGAUCAUCCAUGAUGGAGUGUCCCAUGCCUCCUCUCCAGGGCAGAUGAUGGGGCAGCAGCUGUGGAGCAUCUUUCAGAACCGGAGCAAAGAAAGAAGGGAGGGAGCAGCUUAGGCAGCAGAAUGCUGACAUCUGUGCUCCGUGAAGGCACAGUGGCGACUAACCUUGUGUUCAGGUUACGCUGCAAAUUUAACCGAUGAGAUGUGGCUGGUGGAACCCUUCCCUCAGAGGCCAGCAAGGAAUAAAGAUGGGCAAGAUGGAAGGAGGACACUUCUCAGCCCUCUGCCAUCCAGCAGACUGACUUGAGCCCAAGUGUCAGUGGUGGAGAUGCAGCAGUCAGCAAACUGCUUGGCUACUGGCUCUCACUGGCGGACUGUGUAAAAAUGAACAAGAAUGUUUUAAAGGAACAAGUAUGAGCUGGUUUUAAAUAGCAUAGGAACUUGCUUUUCAGAGAUGCACUGAUUUUUACAAACAGCCACUCCUUGGAGGUGUGAAGUCAACUUAUAAGGGUGAAGUUUAAGAGCAAAUGACAUUAGGGGAAAGAAAGUACAUGAAUGGUUUUGUUUUAUUUUACUUUAUUUUCUGUUUGGAAUAGAUGGGAUCCAGAGUGCUGCGGAAUAUGUGCUCCUUAGGAAACAGUUGAAAAGCUUUGCGUUACAUUCUGCCCUGAUGAUUUGCACACACAUGCGUUUGCUUCUUGUAUGGUGUGUAACUUAGUUUGUGUUUUUUACUAAAAAAAGAUAUAUCUAUAUAUAUAUAUAUAUAUAUAUAUAUGCACCCCUAUAAUGAUAGGGCUAGCUGGCUUCCCAGUUUGAUUUGUUUUCUGAUAAAACUAGCAAAGGGAGCCAGCAACUUCAGGCAAGUGCUUUUUCCACUAGUCCAGUCCCUCUAACAUUGCUUUAUUUCCUGUUGUCCCACUGAAUUUUUUUAAAUUCCAGUCACAAACUAUGGUGGUAUAUUUGUUCAGUAAACCAUUAAAUUAGAAUCUCCUUUUACUUCAGGAAGAAGGUUCUACAGUUUCUGUUGCAGUUUUCUCUGGUAGAGUAGAAACUUUACACACCCCAUUUAAAUAGGAGGAUUGCCAUUUUGCAUAUGCUACCUUGCUCUCCCUUGCUGUGAAGGAGAGUAAUUGAUGUUCUUUAUUCCCUUCCCGGGAAAUAUUUGGGUUUUAUAUUUUGGCCAUUGCUUUAUCCUGUUUCUUAGUAGUAAAAGUGGAAUAGAAGCCUUCCUAGUAGACUUUGAAGCAGAGGUUUACACCAAUCCUUUCUAUAAACCCCAGUUGUGGAAGAGGAGAACGUUGUAUGUCCAGUCACAGAAUUUGAGAACCUGGGAUUCCCCAUGUUAUCCCCUUUGCUUCCUAAAUGUGAUUGAGCAGAAUAGCAGGGAGGGCAACCUUUUAAUGGAAUUUUAACAUGAUCCCAUGAAACAAGAGAUAUUAAUUUCUGUUCUGCAGGAGACAUCCCAGUUCCUGUUCCUGUUAGUGAGAUACUACUAGUUCAGCCCCACAGCAUUUAUCACAGCUUAUUUCCAGUAUAGGAAAAGGGCACUCACCUUUUGCAAGAGAUUGUUUGGAAAAUCCAGCUCCUUCCUCUUUCAGCCGCUAUAAGAGUUAUAUGGAGGAGAGUCAGGGUGGGGGAUGUUCUGUAUGUGAGAAACAAGGAGAGAUGCUAUUUUAAUACCGAACACACCUAGACUAAGCUAGUGAGAGAGGCAACAAAUAAAAGUCUUGAUGAUUUUAUUCAGGUUUUUAACAAUAAAGUUAAAGUGGGGAACAGGAAAUUAGUUAUAUGCAGCUUUUUUAAAAAAGACAAAAUUCUGCAUGCUUCUAGGUCUGAUCUUUCCUUGUCUAUUUAUCUGAAAGUUAUUAAUAAUAAACCCUCUGUAUUAAGUAUCUGCAUCUUUCAAAAUAUUUUUUUUUUUGGAACAGUUUGAGUUGGAAUUUUUUUUGUCUUUGUUUUUGCACAGUCUUUAAGACCUGUUCUAAUUUAAUAAGAACCUUAGCUUGGUAUGGCCAUUAUCAAACACAGCUAUAGACGUUUAGCAUUCUUAAUGUUCUCUUAUGGGGUUAAUGUAAGCAUCUAUAUAAUAUAUCAAGUUUUAAACAGGAAAUGGAAGACGUUUGAUGCAAAACUUUUGCAUGGUAGAGAAAUAAUUGAAAUCAAGUUAGGCUUUUAUUUCCUGAAUGUUGGUAGAACCUUCAUAGCUUUGUUAUAAUGAAACCUUGAACUGAAAAUAUUUAAUAAAAUAACAAUUAAAUGGUGCAAAAAGAAA